GAAGAAAAAGGAAGUAGAAUUAGAGACUAGUUUAUUUUCGUUAUGAACAAUCCUUGCGGACUGAAGACCCACUGACUGAACAGAAUAGGCCGGCUACCCACCUCAGUCGAAAAUGUCUAAACUACAGUCGUUUCGUCUGUUUUUAAAUGAGCGUUUAACGGCAGCUGCCCUGGAGAUUUUCGCAGCAUUUGAGAAAACGGUGGCAGAGUACCAGGAGGAGAAUGAUCAGCUACGGAGACUGCUGCGGAUCACCCCGAAGAUAAAACUAUGUAGAAUUGACUCCUUGCAGCUCUCUCUCGCUGUCUCUGAAGAGGAUGUUCCCUUUGAGCAGCAGGAGUGGAGCACCAGACUGGGGCCAGAGGAUCCAGAGCCCACACAGAUUAAAGAGGAACAGGAGGAACUCUGGACCAGUCAGGAGAAAGAGAAGCUUCAAGGGAUGGAGGCUGAUAUCAUAGAGUUCAAAUUCACUCCUCCUUGUGUGAAAAGUGAAUUUGAUCAGGAGGACCCACUUCAGUCCUUGACUCUUCUCGAAACCCAGACUGUGGAGAACAGAGAGAGUGACUCUAAACCAGUGGAUCUCAAACCUUUUGGCAAUGUGACCCACCUAAAUAAUCAAAACAAUGACUCCAGCCACACCACAUCUAAAAAAACUAAACGCUGCCGUGACUGUGGUGAAACAUUUGCUCUGAAAGCUGACCUGCAGAGGCAUUUGACUCUCACCAAGAUGAGACCCAGGGAAUGUCGAUUAUGCAAAAAACACUACAAUUCCACCUGUAAACUGAAGGCCCAUGUCCGACUCUGUCACGUGGAGAAACCCUGCCCCAUUUGUGGCAAGACCUUCAAAUACAAAGGGGUUCUGUCCAGGCACAUAAGGACUCACACAGGAGAGAAACCAUUUAGCUGUGGUGACUGUGGGAAGAGCUUCAAACGAAAGCAGCACCUAACCAACCAUGUACGGACUCACACAGGAGAAAAACCAUUUAGCUGUGGAGACUGCGGGAAACGCUUCAUUCAGAAGGGACAUCUAACCGAACAUAUUCGAACCCACACAGGAGAGAAACCAUUUAGUUGUGUUGACUGUGGGAAAAAAAGCUUUAAUCAGAAGUGGCUCCUAACCGAACAUAUACGGACUCACACAGGAGAGAAACCAUUUAACUGUAGUGACUGCGGGAAAAGCUUUAGUUACAAGGGGGACCUAAGGAGGCAUAUACUGACUCACACAGGAGAGAAACCAUUUAGCUGUGGUGACUGCGGGAGAUGUUUCAAUCAUAAGGGGCACCUAAGGAAGCAUAUAUUGACUCACACAGGAGUGAAACCAUUUAGCUGUGGUGACUGUGGGAAAAGCUUCAAUCAGAAGGCAGCCCUAAAGACACAUAUACUGACUCACACAGGAGUGAAACCAUUUAGCUGUGGUGACUGCGGGAAAAGCUUCUAUCAGAAGGGACACCUAAAUGAACAUAUUCGGACUCACACAGGAGAGAAACAACAUGUCUGCUCAGUAUGUGGUAAAGGAUUCACUCAGAAGGCUCAUUUGGUGAGGCAUGUAAAUAACGUCCACAAAGACAAAACUGGAUGAAAAUGAGAAAUAAUAAAGAAAGUUCUGUCAGAAGAUGGGAAUAAACAGGCAGGAUGUAGACAGGACAACACUCCUAGGAAAACACGAAGGAAAGCAAAAUAAGUGUGGGUCAUUCAUGCUGUAGGUUUCAGAUAAAUACAGUGGCUUGCGAAAGUAUUCAGUCCCCUUGGCAUUUUUCCUAUUUUGUUGCCUUACAACCUGGAAUUAAAAUUGAUUUUUUGGGGGGUUUGUAUAAUUUGAUUUACACAACAUGCCUACCACCCCAACAGGGUGAGAGUUGUCCGACUUUUAAAAACAGAAUGGCCGUUUAUUACUUGCCACAUCAGGCUUGUUGUUUGGGGGGUUACAGUAGGUCUCCAAAUUCUGUAAAAUUACUAUGUGACAAUGUCUUUUUUUUUUUUAUGGAGCCUGCCAUGUAGCCUGCCAGUAAUUGCAUUGAAUCGAAUUAGUCAGAUCCAUGAUUAGUUGAGUCCAGGGUUCAAAGUAAUAACUCAAAAUGUACCUUUUUAAUUUAUCUAAGGGAACAUUAGAUGGUCAGUUAUCAUGGUCAAGUCAUAAAGAUAUGUUCUGUGUUUUUGACACAAAGAUCAACUGUACUAGAUGUUCA